AUGACGUACCAUUGUAUGUUCGCCGCGGCUAUGCUCGCCGUCGUCAGAGCCCAAGACCGACCUCUACUGUCCACUAUCGCAACCGUUCCUGAGCUCUCGUCUUUCUCUGCUGUUGUUCUCGCCAGCGGAGGUAGCCAGCCCAACCCGGCCUUUGAAGAGAGGUUUAAUUCUGUGCUUGAUGGUAGGAACUAUACGGCCCUAGCACCAACCAACGAUGCCAUCAACAAGAUCUCACCGGCUGUGGUGGAGGCCUUGACUGCGGCACCCGCCUACCCCAUCUUCGAGUCGAUCAUCCGCACUCAUGUCGCCGAGGGCCUCGUCACCUCGGCCGACGUCGUGAGCGCCUCGCCUUUUGAGGCCAUUGAGGGCUUCCCCCUCACAGCCGCAGUCGGCGGCGAGCAAGCCAUCCUUGUCAACAACCAAGCGCAGAUCGUUGCAGUCGACACGUUCGCAUCGAACGGAGUAGUUCAUCAGAUUGACCAAGUCCUGAACCCUUUCACAGGCUAUUUCGGAAUCAGCAAUGCGACCGCUGCGCCAACGACCUCCGAUACGGGUGGAACCGUUGGCGACAUACUGCUGAGUGACCAGCGGUUGAGCACCAUCCGCGACAUCCUGCAGGCGCUGAGCCCAGACUUGAUUAAUGUCCGUCUCCGCCUUGCAGAGGCAGGCGGCACGCCGCAGAUCUUUGCCGUGCCUUCGAACGACGCGUUUGUCGGCCUCCCGGACAACACAGUCGACUCGUCUAUCGCGCCGUCCAACCAGCCCUUGUCGUUGCAGCUGUACAGCUUCGGCCUGCUGGGCACAGACGCCAGGUUCGCGGACCUGGACUUCUCGUCCGGCCCGAUCAAUGUCCCCAGCAGUGUCACGGGCAUCAACGUCACAGCGACGCAGGCCGACGGGGGAGCAACGUUUCUGAACAACGCGGCGAUACAGGAGCAGGUUUGCGGAUCGAACGGGUGCGUCUGGAUUGUCGACCGGGUUCUGGACCCCCUCUAUCUGGCUUUUGGCCCGUUGAACAGGGACGUCGUCCUCAUAGGUCAUUAA